AUGGCCAGCCCGGAGGAGCGGCUCGCUCCCCGCCCCCAGGCCCGGCUGCCAGCGGCUGGGGACGGGUCCGGCCGAGGCCAAGUCCGGCAGGAACCCCGGCGCGGCGAGGCCAGCGGGCGGAGUGCAGUGGGCCUAAGCCUGGCCCGGGAGCUGCCUGGUUGCGGCCGGGAGGAGCUUGAGGCGCCCCCGCCCCUGUCCCGGUCCCUGUCUCCGGCAGGCCACGCCAGCCCCGCUGGGGGCCCCAGCGCCCUCUCUGCGCUCAGCGCCGGCGUCUGCGGCUGGGUGGCGGCCCGCGCUCCCUCGGCGCUCGCCUUCUCCUCCCCUAUCCCCUCCUCCUCCUUUUCAUCUUCCUGGUACUUCUGGCCGCCGUCCCCCCUGCCCCCUCCCCCUCUUGUCCCCUCCUCAUCUGCUUUCCACCUCCCCGCGCGUCUCCCGAGAAGGGAGGGCGCAGCGGCGGCUGGAGGAGGAGGCGGCGGCGGCGAUGCUGGCGGAGGAGGAGGAGGAGGACAAGAGGCAGCUCCCUUGAGCGUUCCCCCCGGCAGUAGUCACCGCAGCGGCGGUGGCAGCGGCGGGCGGCGGCGGCUCUUCCUCUCGCCUGCGAUCCUAGGCUUGCUGCUCCCAGCCCGUGGCGGGCCCCGUCCACCGCCGCCGCCGCGGCUCCCCCUCCUCCCGGGAGCGCGCCGCACAGACUCCCCGGGCUUUCCGGGCGCCGGCGGGGGCUGCCCUGGCCUCGGCCCCGGCUCUGCCGCCGGUGGCCGAACUCCGUGGCGGCCCCGAGGCACCGCCUUCCCCCUCGCCACCGCUCGGCCGCUGCUCUUCGGCUCCGACAUGGAAGAUGGACCUUCUAACAAUGCGAGUUGCUUCCGAAGGCUGACCGAGUGUUUCCUCAGCCCCAGUUUGACGGAUGAGAAAGUGAAGGCCUACCUCUCUCUCCACCCCCAGGUCUUAGAUGAGUUUGUUUCCGAAAGCGUGAGCGCCGAGACCGUAGAGAAGUGGCUGAAGAGGAAAAACAACAAAGUUGAAGAUGAAUCGGCUCCGAAGGAAGUCAGCAGGUACCAGGACACGAACAUGCAGGGAGUGGUGUACGAGCUGAACAGCUACAUAGAGCAACGCCUGGACACAGGCGGGGACAACCACCUGCUCCUGUACGAACUGAGCAGCAUCAUCAGGAUAGCCACAAAAGCCGACGGAUUUGCACUGUACUUCCUUGGAGAGUGCAAUAAUAGUCUGUGUGUGUUCACACCACCUGGAAUGAAGGAAGGUCAACCCCGGCUUAUCCCUGCAGGACCCAUCACCCAGGGCACCACCAUUUCUGCCUAUGUGGCCAAGUCCAGGAAGACGCUGCUUGUGGAGGACAUCCUUGGGGAUGAGCGGUUUCCAAGAGGCACAGGCCUGGAAUCAGGAACUCGAAUCCAGUCUGUUCUUUGCUUGCCCAUCGUCACUGCCAUUGGAGACUUGAUUGGCAUUCUUGAGCUGUACAGGCACUGGGGCAAGGAGGCCUUCUGUCUCAGUCACCAGGAGGUCGCAACUGCCAAUCUUGCUUGGGCUUCCGUAGCAAUACACCAGGUGCAGGUGUGCAGAGGUCUCGCCAAACAGACCGAACUCAAUGACUUCCUGCUCGAUGUAUCAAAGACAUACUUUGAUAACAUAGUUGCCAUAGACUCUCUACUUGAACACAUCAUGAUAUAUGCAAAAAAUCUAGUGAACGCCGACCGCUGCGCGCUCUUCCAGGUGGACCACAAGAAUAAGGAGCUGUAUUCGGACCUGUUUGACAUUGGGGAGGAGAAGGAAGGGAAGCCCGUCUUCAAGAAGACCAAGGAGAUCAGGUUUUCAAUUGAGAAGGGGAUUGCUGGCCAAGUGGCAAGGACGGGGGAAGUCCUGAACAUUCCAGAUGCUUACGCAGACCCGCGUUUUAACAGGGAAGUCGACUUGUACACGGGCUACACCACCCGGAACAUUCUGUGCAUGCCCAUCGUGAGCCGCGGCAGCGUGAUCGGCGUGGUGCAGAUGGUCAACAAGAUCAGUGGCAGUGCCUUCUCCAAGACGGACGAGAACAACUUCAAGAUGUUUGCCGUCUUCUGUGCUCUGGCCUUGCACUGUGCUAACAUGUACCACAGGAUCCGCCACUCAGAGUGCAUCUACAGGGUUACCAUGGAGAAGCUGUCCUACCACAGCAUCUGUACCUCAGAGGAGUGGCAAGGCCUCAUGCAAUUCAACCUGCCCGCACGCAUCUGCAGAGAGAUCGAGCUAUUCCACUUUGACAUCGGUCCUUUCGAGAACAUGUGGCCCGGGAUCUUUGUCUACAUGAUCCACCAGUCUUGCGGGACAUCCUGCUUUGAACUUGAAAAAUUGUGUCGUUUUAUCAUGUCUGUGAAAAAGAACUAUCGGCGGGUUCCUUACCACAACUGGAAGCAUGCAGUCACGGUGGCACACUGCAUGUACGCCAUACUUCAGAAUAACUACGGCCUCUUCACAGACCUCGAGCGCAAAGGCCUGCUAAUUGCAUGCCUGUGUCACGACCUGGACCACAGGGGCUUCAGCAACAGCUACCUUCAGAAAUUCGACCACCCCCUGGCAGCGCUGUACUCCACUUCCACCAUGGAGCAGCACCACUUCUCCCAGACAGUGUCCAUCCUGCAGCUGGAAGGGCACAACAUCUUCUCCACCCUGAGCUCCAGCGAGUACGAGCAGGUGCUGGAGAUCAUCCGCAAAGCCAUCAUCGCCACUGACCUCGCCCUGUAUUUUGGGAACAGGAAGCAGCUGGAGGAGAUGUACCAGACGGGGUCGCUGAACCUCCACAACCAGUCGCAUCGAGACCGUGUAAUCGGGUUGAUGAUGACUGCCUGCGACCUUUGCUCUGUGACGAAACUGUGGCCAGUUACAAAACUGACAGCAAAUGACAUUUAUGCAGAAUUCUGGGCUGAGGGAGAUGAAAUGAAGAAGCUGGGAAUUCAGCCCAUUCCCAUGAUGGACAGAGACAAACGAGAUGAAGUCCCGCAAGGACAGCUUGGGUUCUACAAUGCCGUGGCUAUUCCCUGCUACACCACGCUGACACAGAUCCUCCCGCCCACGGAGCCGCUGCUGAAGGCCUGCAGGAAUAAUCUCAACCAGUGGGAGAAGGUGAUUCGUGGGGAGGAGACUGCAUUGUGGAUUUCAGCCCCAGCAGCUGGUAAGGAACCAUCUGAGAAGCUGCCCGUGAAGGUUGAUGACUGAUCCUGGCAAGAUGUCCACCCAGCAACCGACCCUCAUCCUGCUUCUUCGACGUCGUUCCUUUUAUUUUUAAGGGGGAGGGGAUACCUCUCCCAGAAGGUACCAUCACAUACACACGUGAAGCAGAGGACUUCCUGCUUGCCACGCACACCUCGGACAGUGAGCUGUUUGGGCUCCACCGUGUUCAGACAUCAGCUGUUCUGUGGCUCCACCUGACUCCUGAAUGACCUCUGUGAACAGGCCAGCAAUGCACUGGCCUUGAAGGUGGGCAGAGACCACAGGAGGGGUUCCUGUCCGGGUCCUUCCGUGAGGGUGUGCUCAGUACCCUGGCUCUGUGCUUCUCCUCUAGGGCAGUGUUGUUUGGUGGCAUUGGCUAUAAACAUGACACCUGACCCUGUAGUGAAGUCCACAUGUGACCUCCCUGUUGUAGCCUGGGACACAGGUAAUGAAGGGUCACUGCCCGCAGGCAAUGGAGGAAUUCAAGUUGUCGGUUUUAGGCAGACGAGGUGUGUUCUUUCAGUUUAUUCUGGGGCAUGUAAGUGAGUUGGCUCCGCCUAAGGAAGCAGACCUCUGCCCUUCAUCAAGGAGACACAGGGUACAUCCCAGGCAUCCGAGAACCUCAGCUCUCAGAGAAUGAAAACACGUUCCCCUCGCUGUAGACUGUAGCCUUUGGCAACUUUAGCCACAGAGAAAAUAAAAGUAAGGCAUCUGAAUUUCCUGCAGCAAGAAAAAACCUUGUGAGUAAAACAAUACAUUAAUUUUCCAGACAGUUCCUUUAAACUUUGACUGUGUUAUGGCAGCAUUUUAGUCACAUCCAAAUUGAAAGAUUAUUCUAAAUGACUCCCCAUCCCACUCCACACUCCCCUCAGAGGCACCAACAGUGCAACCUCAGUCUCCUGGGAUUGCAAUCUCUCCCCUCACUGUGCAGUCCGGCCCAACAGGAGGAGGUGCAGGGCCGCCAUGCUGACCCUUGACCGUGACUUGUCUGCCACGCUCAUCCGGAGUCCUCCACAAAGACCCCCGUUUGUGACUCUUUCUUGUGUGUGACUGUCUGGUAACUGCAGCUGGGUGAAGUUAGAGAAGCCAACAAGUCCCCAUGGGCCGGCCCUUCCUGCCGCGUUCUAAGGAAGUCAUCGGUUCACGUCACGAGGAUUUUCAAGGUUGUUCUGGCUUAGGGAAUGAGUCUUGAGAAGUCGGAGGCUGGUCAGAAACAACGGCUCUCUUACUGCUCUGCCAGGAGGGUGAAAAGUUGCUUUGAAAUGCAUUUUCGAGAUAGGCUUUGAUACACUCCAUACUGUAUGCAACACUGCUUACAGGAGCUUGGCAUCAGCAAAAAUCUAUUGGGUUUUUUUCUACAUAUUGAUUUAUGUUGUAGCAGAGCGGCUGAACACAAACCUUGUUCUCAUUUCAUAGUAACACCAUGUGCUCAUUGUCCCCACGGGCUUCUAAAAAGCUGCCAUCUCCCCUCCAUGACAUUGAUUUGCUGUUCUCACCGUAUCAGGUAAAAGGUGAUGCCAGUGACCGCCAGGGCUGGGCACACGCAUGCACAUGUAGUAUGCAUGGCGUGGGCACAAACACACAGAUGUAUAUGUGGUACACAUGUGAGUCAAAAGGAAAGAAAGACGCAAGCACUUAUAAAAAUGACAGUCACCCCCAUAUUCAAAAGCAGUGGUUUUCCACGUUGGGAUAUAAGGACAUGAACGGAAGUGUGCCUUCUGUAGGUGUUCACAGGCAGAAGGCCGUACCAAGUCCUUUCCUCAGGCAGACAUGCAGCACUAGAUUUAACAAAAGCCACUUUACCCACACACGUUGACAGAUCAUCUGUCUUGGAAGCUGGACUGCAGCAAGGGGCAGCAUUAGGAUGCUUGUUUCAUUCUGGCAUUUUGAAGGAAUGCAUGAAUUCUGCCCCCAAGUUUGGAAAAGGACCCUGGUCGUGGGAAUCCUGUGACUGCUUUAGCAUUUCGUGGUGGCCGUGGCAAUAAGAAUAUUACAGAAAUCUCUCUCAGUUUGACCUAGCCAAGAAUAUUGUAUUGUGUGGCCUCUACUGGGGCAGUUGUGCAGAGGAACCUGCUGGGGAUUUACUGGCUGGACAAUCUCUCGCGAAAUACUGCCACACGAUAAGCAGUUUGGAUAAAAGGUGAUAGCUGAUUUUUUUUAAAGGCCUUUUUUAAAAUUAUUAUUUUCUAAAAGAUGUUUGUAAGAUUGUUUCCACCAUGUGUGAGACCCAGGAGUCAUAGAUUUGUCGGAAAUAAGAGAGGCCAGGAUACAGCCUUGUUUAGUGAAUAAUUUGGCUUUUGAAUUCAUGCAGUCGUGUGUGUGUGUGUGUGUGUGUGUGUGUGUGUGUGUGUGUCUUGGCAAGUAUGUUUAGCAGACAGACACUUGAAUCCUGCCUCUAAGUUUUUCCACCUCUUUUGUCACCGUGCUUUCUCCCACCAAGGAUUUCCAGGAAUUUCUCAUUAGUGUCUGAUGCAAGCUUCGUGAUUAAUAAUGAAUAUGAUAAAGAGAAUGUUCCAUUUACCAAAAUUACAUUAUUUAUGAUCAUUUUAACACACAGGUUUUAGAGUAGUGCCGGUUAUUUCAUUUCUUUCCACACUUUGUGGUACCUUUUUAUCUGGGAAAAUGUUCCCGGAUACCUAAGUGCAUGCCAACACCAACGUGAAGUGUUUUGAGUCUGGGCGAUGAACUCCAAUCCUAAAAAUUGUGCCACCAUGGAUUAGUUGUCUAAAUUAGUUAAAACAAAGUAGAAAGCACGAGCGGCUGAGGAAGCAGCGAAAAGCUGGGUGGCUGUCAGCUUCCCACUUCCUAGGAUGUAAGAAACAGGAAGAGAGAAGUUGAGUCCUGCCCCCAUCCUGCUCGCUGCGGUUUGAAGAGUGUGCUGGUGAUUGUCACUGUGGUACCUCAGGAGACUCGUUCCCGCAACAGUCAGGCGGAUCUGCCCUGUUAGUGUUGGGCUCCUCUUUUCAGCCUGCGUUGGCAUUUUUAUUUGAUCCACACUCGGCGAGCUCUGCUUUUUCACGGUGCUCAUAUAUGUUCUAGAUGUGGUAGCACAGCCUGCCUGCUGCUGCAUGACGCCGUAGGGACUGAGCAGGUCUUCCAACAGGCUUAGCUUGGCAUGUGGUGUUCCUGCUCUCCUGGGUCUAAAUUAAGGUCUCAGCUUUAAAAGUAGUUGCCCUGCCUUGGUCUCGUACCUUUAUUUUGAAAGCCAACUUUCCCCCUUUUUUCCAUGUGUUCGCCUUUCAUCUUUGGCAAGGGUAAGGGACAGGCAGCAUUUAAAGGGGUGUGCCUGGUAGGUCCACCUUUGUCUGUCAGGGUCCUGUCAUCCCACGUCACUGAUGUCUACCCUGGUGACUUAGGGAUCCUCUUGUUUGUCGGGAACUGUGGUUCCAGUUAGAGGCACGGAUCUCUUGGUUUCUGGCUCCUCAGCUGGCUUUGAUUUUGAAGGCCACUUCUCUGUUUAUUUCAAAUCUGCGUGGUUUGCUUUGCACUCUGCUGGUCUAGUGAGCAGGAGGAUUCUAGGAAGGCUGUUCAUCCAGUCCCCAACUCCCCCUGUUGCAGGCUUCAGUCUGAUCUGGCAGUCAUUGUGAAAUUCGAGCUAGGCAUGUGCACCGCCAGCCGUGGUUCCCCUUUGCGUGACAGCUGUAUUUUCACAUGUGAGUUUUUGUUGCUGUUCCUGUGGUAUUACUUACACUAAGUUGAGAUUAGAGGUGUCCAGUGGAGUACGACAUUCUUACUGUCUUCAAACAAAGCAGUGCACUUUAAUCAAUCAAAGUAUUUAAGGCAUUUCACGAUUUGGCAAAGCCAGAACAAAAAGAAAGAAAAAUGCUGCAGGUGUUCUCCUUGCCAGUGAGGAGCACAGGACAACCAAGCUACUGUCUCCUAAGGAAAGCACACUUAAACCCCAAAGAAACACUACCGCAGUCCCCCCGACGUGUCCCUUCUCAGCCGUGGAAGCUGACGCUGUGUAAGCUGUGAGCAGUAUGACUGCUGUCACCGUAGCUGUGAGGAUUCUGUAACCUAGAGCUGACCCUGUCAGGGGGUGGGGAGCACAGGAUCAAUCACACCCAAACUCCAGCGGGGAACCACAGCUGAGUACAGCCUGCCGCCAAGGAAGCCGGCACACACCGCUCAGUGCUUAAUGUCCAGGAAUAUACAUUUGCCGAUGUUUUAUCUGUAAUGUAACUUAAAUCCCCAAAUGCUUGUUUUGUCUAGCCUGCCUAAAAUAUCAUUCUAUCAUGGGUGUCCCCACUUUCCUUUCUGGUUUGGUCACCCAAAUCCCCAGUCGUAAGCUGUAUCUAGACUAGUGACUCUAAAUGAUGUGUGGGAAUACCGUUUCCGUGUGGUCUGUUGUGUACAGUGGAUGCUACAUGAUCAUUUACUGUACAAAGAGAAGAAGCAUUUCUGUACAGCUCCCUGCCUAUCUAAACACCACAUCCUUGCCCAGAACACUGUGAAGCACUUACCAAACGGCAAAUGCAGCGUCUGGACUCUUCCUGAGAAGAACAACUUUCUCCACAUGAACACAUGAACAAAAGAGAUUCUCCAUCUGCACCCAGCCAAGGCACCUCAGAGGUCACGGUGACAGCCUCCUGGCUAGCCAACACCUGCUGGAACAGGAGCACAGGUCCAAGCAACUGAUCCUCAGGGGACGGGUCGGCAGCCAAAGCCUUAAUGGGCUCUCUUUUGGAAGGGGAAAGAAAAGAAUUUCAAGUUAACAAUAUCCAACACUAUUGUAGUUGAUGAGUUAGUAAAUUCCAAAAAGAUGAUUUUAUAUGUCUGACAUUAAAAAAAUAUCUUUGUAAAGUGCGUAAGUGCAAUAAUUUAAAGAAGUCUUAUCUUUACAUUUAUAAAUUAUAAAUAUUGUACAUGUGUGUAAUUUUUCAUGUAUUCAUUUGCAGUCUUUGUAUUUAAAAACCUUUACUGUUACGUUUGUAUAAUAGGACAGUAAUCAUUUAUUAUAACUCAGACAAGAUGUAAAUAAAUUCAUAAAUCAAACAGCCAGUAUAUAUGCAUAUAUGGGUGUUACAUUGCGAAAUCUGUAUCUUUGCUCUACUCACAUGCUUAAAGCAGUAAGGAAUCU